AUGGGGAAGUUGGACAACGUUCGAGCUUCCAUGAAGCCCAGACCACCGUACUGCUGUGGAACGCUUCCUACCACUCCAGAGAGAUGCAUCUUGUUUUACAGUACAGGCGUCGAUGAUCAUGCAGGAAAAAUAAACUUGCUGUCUGCAACAUCCGAAGAACUCAACCACUUGACGCGCUCUUGUCGUGUUCAGGCUCCGGGAGCAAAUGUCUCUCGCUUUACUCCGGCACAACUCAACGCAAUCGAGCUCGCCACUACAUUCGAUGCGGAGCAUUGCCGUCUCACUGAGGCCAUUCGAUGUGAACUACUCGAAGGUGGCAACGACAAGCGACCACUACAACUUAUUGUCCAGCACCUCAAGAUUUAUGAUGCCGAGGAUCACACGAAGCGUCCGCCAGUCCUUCCUGCAGCUGAAACUGACACAGCCGUGGUGGAUAUUUGUCUCCAUGAAUAUCGGUUGCUCAAGAGUUAUGAGGAUUCACGGAUGUUUUCCCUCAGCCUCGACGAGUUCUGCAAUGUUUUUGUCGCCCUUCGGAGGGAAUUCACUAAUCCACGCGAAAAUACGGCCACCCCUAAAGGAUUUGCGAGCGUUUUGGUUGUAUUCCCAACGACCGACGAGGGCGGAACAUUACUCCUCCGUCAGGGACAUCACGAAUGGACCAUUAAUUUCGCGGAACUGUUCACAAGGGCGUCACAGGCGUCUGUGGCCUUUGUUGCAUUCUACGACGACGUACAUUAUGCAGUCAGAACAAUCACGUCAGGGCAUUGUGUGAUACUCACAUAUCGCCUGCACUUUUCAACCGACGAUGACAUUCCGCUCGUAGCCACCCUUGAGCAAAAUGGCAUUUACGGCGUGAACUCGCUAACGAUAGGUAUCACUGGCUUGCUUUUGGAUCCAGGUGUCUUGCCUGGAGGUGGAUACCUGGCAUUUGGCCUUCGCAAUCAGUACACGCCUGUAUCGAGGUCCAUGGUCGACGUCGGCAGCCACCUGAAGGGGAGAGAUGCAAUGGUCGCAUGCGUUUUGAGCUCCCUUUCCAUCCCGUGGUCGGUCCGUAUCCUGUAUCGAAAUAUCGGAUGGACGGAAUUCAGUUUCUUGGCGGAUCAUAUAAUUGAUCUUUCUGGCAACGAUGAGGUCCACUACUUGAUGGAAACAUUGGGGAAUCCUGAAAUUGUGAGUUUCGUAGGGGCGCGUGGUGAGCCGGAUAGAAAACGAGCCAAGUUAGAUGAAAAUGUUGUGGAAGGAAAAGAUGCAACAGAUAUCUUGUUGGUUAGCACAAAACCUUCUGCAUGGAGUUUCCACUCGCAGUAUGUUGCGGGCGGUCGAGAGGUUAUGAUGGGGAACCUCUACGGAGACGUAUGCAUCAUCGCGGAAAGACCAUCGCUAGUCAUGUUACGAGAUGGAAGGGAACAAAGAAUGUAGGACUAGAUAGUCAACAAGUAAUCCUCUAGGCCCGUAUGUAUCAUUCGAAUACGCCACCCUGAACAUCAAUUAAACUAUGAUUCACUCA